UUUGACAAAAAAUAAUCACUUUGUUGACACAGUGGUAAAUUUGAUAAGAGUAGUGUCCCUUAGAUCAUAGAAACGCUUGAAAUCAAGCGGUGAGCAAGCGCUUCGGAGAAAAGAUCAUUCAGGAAAUUCGUCAUUUUUAUUGACAGAUUUCUGUAAAGGUCAACAUUAACUAUGUCAUCAAGUACUAUAACAGUCAAACCCCGUAGAAAAACCGCCCAGUCUCCGCCUCCAACAGCGCAAUCAACCAAUCAAAACAAAGGAACUGUACUAUUGCGCAACCCACUACCCAGGUACAGUUUUGAUCAGAAGUCAAAACCUGGAAAAUCGAAGACUGAAAAGAAAAUAUCUGCAGAAUCUGACUCAAAUAAAGAUGCGACUGACAAUAAUCUUACAAAUGCUGGAAAACUAAAGAAUUCUUCUGUUUCCUCUCCACAGUCAAAUAUUACAGAGCCAGUUGCUGUUUGCAAGCUCGUGGCAUCAUUCCCGCAAAAUUCAAUCGGAGUGGAAACUUUACCAGAAACUUCAUUUGUGUCAAAACCUGAAAAUUGUGAAACUGGCUUGAAAGAUAAACCGGUCAAUAAAGUCGGACCAAUUAGUAAAACACUCACCCAUUCAGUCAGUGAUUCAGUUAUAAUAAGUGUUCAAAAUAAUUUAGAAAAUGGUGCUUCAUCUCCACAGACUGGGACCCACUCUCAAGAGACAAAUGUUUUAGACUGUGACUCAGGUGGGAACCAGUCUACAAGUACUGGUACCCUGUCUGAGGAACAAUGUAAAUGUUCAGAGAAAAUUAAACAUCUUGAAGAGGAGAAACAACUUCUGAAGAAUCAGCUAGAAGUUCAGCUUCAGGUUAAUCAGGAACUGAAGAAACUGCUGGUAGCCUCUGUUGGUGAUGAUCUCCAGCAUAGAGUGGAAAGACUUACAAGGGAUAAGGCUCAAAUGUCUAUGGAGAUUGGAGAUUAUUUCAAGAAGAUGUCAGAUGAUUAUGAACAUUUAGAUAAAAUCUCCAUACAGGCUGAUAUGUGGAGGAGCAAAUACCUGGCAUGCAG